AUGAGCCAACGGCGGGAGGCCGGCUGCAAGCACGGGGCGGGCUGCACGCAGGACGUGGAGGACUACUGGCGGCCCGUGCCAGCCUUUGCCAGCCUCACACAGGGCGUGGUCACAGCGGCCACUGGUGCUGGGGUGACUCUGGUACUGCGCAGGGCCUUGACGGGCACGGGAAUGGGACCCUCAGGGCUGGGCCAGCCCACCGGCAAGGAAGGCUCCGUGUCAGCCGCAGCAGCCAGCAGCAGUGCGACCAUGGUGCCCAGCGCCGCAGCAGUCGCGCCCCCGCUGCCGCCCGCGCCGCCGCCGCCACAGCCAGACCACAAGCCGGCGAACGAUGUGGUGGCAGGGGCGAUGGCGCGGGCAGCUUCUCAAAGCACCAUCCACCCGCUGGACACCAUGAAAGUUAGGAUGCAGGCCGGUGGCCGCAGCGGCAUCACCAGCAGCAGCUUGCCGCCCAGCUUGCCGCCCCGGCAGGCCGCGCCGCUGGAGCGCAGGCUGCUAGAAGGUGUGGUGGGUGCUGCCGCGGGCGCAGGCAUCAUCAUCGGCACCUACUUUGCCUUCUACUCCACCACCAAGCGCUUCCUGCGCGAGAAAACAGACCUGAGCGACGGUGCCACCGCCUUCACCGCGGGCGCCGCCGCCGCGCUGGGCAGCAGCGUGGUCAAGGUGCCGUUGGCGGUGUGCAUUCGGUCGGUGCAAGCUGGGGUAUACAAGAACGUCUUCCAUGCCGCCUCCUCCAUAGUCACUGCCGCCGGCGUGCGCGGCCUCUUCACGGGCUUCCUGCCCACAGUGCUGGAGGAUGUGCCCGACAUGGCUGUCAAGUUUGCUGUGUAUGAGACCAUGCGCAACGUGCACACGCGGCUGCGGGGCGGGCGGCCUGCCAAUGUGGCGGAGGACCUGAUCAUGGGCGGCGUGGCGGGUGCGGCAGCCGCCGCCGCCACCACGCCGCUGGACGUGCUCAAGACCGUCAUGAUGUGCAGCGCCAGCAGCCGCCCCACCAUUGUCACAGCUGCGGCAGGCAUCAUGCGUGAGGGCAAGGGGCUGCGGCCCUUCUUCCGUGGCGUGGGGCCCCGUGCCCUGUCCAACGGCCUCAACUCCGCAAUCUUCUUCUGCUUCUUUGAGGCCAUCCGCCAGGUGCUGAUCAAGAAGCAGCAGGAGCGGCUGCAGCCCGGGCAGCAGCAACAGCGGCGGCAUGUCAAGCAGUUGGCGGCAGCCCAGCGCAGCCGGGUGCCUCAGCUCAAGCUGCAGCCCGUCAGUGCCACCACUGCUGCAGCCCGGCCGCAGGGCUCCCCCGCCGCCUGCCUCACGCUAGCGCUGCCCGCCCCCGGCUGGCAGCAGGAGCAGUAG